AUCCAUCCUUACAGAUUCUUUGGUCUAUCUGUCUCUGUUUAAAUAUAUUAGCUGCAACACAAAAUGGAGGUAGUGGAGUUCGUGUACUGAUGAUUACGUUCUAGUUAAAUGACUUUCCUAUUCUUUCUUGUGAUGUUAAUAUGUCCAAUGUGGAUUUAGCUAAUGGGGAAAGAGAAAGUGAAUCUAGUUCUGAAAAUGUUGACGGCGUUCCGCGAGAAGAAUUAGUAGAUCCUCGCGUCCAGAUUGAACUUGAACGGCUUAAUACUGCAACUGAUUUGAUUAAUAAGUUUGAAAUUGAAUUGGAUGAAGCAAGAUCUAAUUUUAGGCUGUUACUGAGUGAGUCUUCUUUGCGAGUGAAUCAAUUAGCUAAGAAGUUGGGCUCAUGUGUUGAAAAAGCUAGACCUUAUUAUGAAGCUCGAAUGCACGCUAAGCAGCUCCAAACUCAAACACAGAGAGCUGCCCUGCGGUAUGAAAGAGCAAGUAGUGCUCAUGCUGCAGCAAAGGAGAUGGUUUAUUUAGCAGAAGAAGGUUUGAAGAAAGAAGGAAGAUGUUUUGAUCCUGCUUGGCAAGAAAUGUUAAAUCAUGCUACUCUUAGGGUAAAUGAAGCUGAAAGUGAAAGAGUAUUGAGUCAACAUGCGCAUCAGAAAACUUCAUUAGCUUACAAUGAAGCAGAAAAAGUUGUGCAGCAACUACACCAAGAAUUGAAAAAAUCUAUUAUAAAAUCAAGUCUUUCAACACGCAGAAGCUUGCUUCAACUAAACAAUCUAGCGAAUCAACACCAGUUACAACUUUUACCUUAUUUUGAAAUGAAAGCAAAAUUCAAUCAGUUGCUUGAAGAGCAAAGGAAAAAAGUUCAUCAUUUAGAAGAAAACGUUUUAAAAGUGAAAAUGAGCUAUGCAGAUGCAUUACACAAUCUAGAAGAAAUCAGUGAUGAAAUUCAUCAAAAACGAAAAAGGCAAGAGAAUCAAAUUGUAAAUGAGAGAAGUGAAGAUGUAAGCGCAGCAUCUCCUAAUUACACAUGGGAUGGUUUGAAAAUACCGUAUCAUAAAUUUAAGAGCAACAGUGUUUCUUGUGAAGAUGUAUAUUUAGAUAACUUAAACAGUGAAGAAAUGUACAUGAGUCUUCCUGAUAAAUUGAAAGUCCCGUCUAGCAUAGUGACAACCACUUGUAAAGCAAAUAACACUCAGUAUUCUUUCCCUCAUCAGGAUAAGUGGAUGAGUAAUUUAAAUACUGAUGUUAUGUUCAUGAGUCUUCCACCUAAGUUUUUGAACUCAGGAUUAAUUGCUGCAUGCUGUCUUGGAAAUAGCGCUCAGACUAGGCUUUCAAAGUCAUCAUCUCAAGAAUCUCUUACCCGAGAAGAAAAAGAGAAAACGGAAUGUGAAAAUUAUUCCAGUGAAUUUGCCAUCUGUAGUGACAAAGUACCUAAUGGUACAGCAACAGAGUCUCAUUUUGCUGUGCAUGAUGAUUCCCAUUUUAUAAAAAAUCAGUUUAAACAUCUAGAUAUAUCAAAUGAUAAACAUCAGUUUAAUGUGAAUAAAUCUGAAAUCAAAGAUAGAUCACCUGAGAGGGAUGAAACACAUGAUCAUAAAUAUUUAGCUGCUGAUUUCAAUAUCUUAAGAGUGCAGCGGGAAGAAAUAUCAGACUCCGAAAGUUUAGCAAGUAAUGAUACUGCAGAUACUUUAGAUGAUAAUCAGAUUGAAUGUUUAUUGUUAGACAAGGUUUUGCCUCAAGAUGUGGAAGAGGGUAAUCCAGAAAACUCUUUUAAUAAUUACAAGUCCAAUGAGAAAUUUCUUGUUUAGUUACAUUCAAAAUAUCAGUUUCUAGUAAAUGUUCGAAUUAGGUCUAUCUAUCCUUCAGUGCAGUCACAGAGAUCAAGUAAUUUUUAGAACAUAUUGUAUGUAUGUAAAUAAACAAAUUUCACUUUAGCUUUAAAAAGAGUGAUAACGGGGAAAUCAGUGUCCUUUUUUAAAUGAAGUUGUACUAGUCAUUUGCUCGUAACUUAAUCACUCAUUUGUUCAUAUCAUAGACAUAUGAAGUUAUUUUGUAGCGCCGUAAUUUUUUACUGCAUAUUUUCAAAUUUAAUAUAUGAUUUUGCAUUUCUGUUUAAGAUGCGAGGGUAUGACCUGUAUGACUGUUUUUGUUUAAUUGAAGGAAAGAUUUAAUUGAAUCAAAAUGUUCUGGGAUUUAGCUGUGUAUUAUGUAUAUUUGUUGCAAUAAUUUUAAAGCAUCUUUUAAAUCUUUGUUAAUUCUGUAUAAAUUUAAGAACUGUUAUUAAAAGGUUUUAUUUUAAUUCAA